AUGGCGCUCGGCGACGGGACGAAUCGCUCGACGUCGGCGACGCCGGGAAAAUUGGCGAGCGUCCGCGCACGGAUGGAAAACCUUCGACGGUUGAGCACGAGCGAUGGACCGCUGAGCGCGAGGAAAACGACGUCGGGGGUGAUCUCGCGCAGGGUUUCGAGAGGUGGUGGACGAGAGGACGGCGACACGACGAUUUUGUUCGCGGACGGCAUGCGAUCGCAGGUGCAGAGCGUGGCGCGAACGAUUUAUAACGAGAGCCCGGCGAUGGCGAACGCGCAGAUGUGCUUGCAGUGGAGACCGACGGUGAAGAAGAAGGAAAACGUGGACGGUUUCGUCGCCGAGCUCACGAAUCACAUCAGGACGCAAAAGGAGACGCUGAAACUGUUGCUGCAGCACAAGGAUGAGAUGACGUCGAGGUGUCAGGAGAUUGAAAAGAGCUACAAGAUCGCGGUAGAAGACGCCGCGGCGAACGCGAGCGGGCCCCCGAUGACGGUCCCGGCGACGGCGGCGGAGAUGGCGGAGCUCAAAGCGGAACGCGAAUGGUUGGCCAAGCAAAAGGAAGAGCAAAUGACGCACUUGAACAAGGUCCAGGAGGCUGAGGAAGAAUUGCAGCGUAAGAUUGAUGCUUUGAACGAAGAGCGCGCCAAGAUUCGAGAGGAAGAGCACGGGCGAGUGAUGGCGGCGCUCUCGAAGAAGAUUCAAGACGCCGAGGCGCGCGUGCAAGCGGCGGCCGAAGCCGAAGCCAAACUCGCAAACGAGAAGCAGCAGAUCAUCCAGUUUCGGGAGAUGGACAACGUUAGCGCGGCACAGGCCGGAGCCGCCGCGGCCGAGGCCAAGGUGGCCGCCGAUAAGGCUUUCGAAGAGAAGCAGAUGGCGCAACAAGAACUCGCCGCGGCUCGCGCGUUGCUCGAAAACGCCGAGAAGCAGCACGCGAAGAUCAGCGAACAGCACGCCGAAGAGAAGACGCGUUGGGAGGUCGAACUCGCGACGCUGAGACAGUCGGAGAGCUCGUUGAAAGAUGAGUUGGCCAAGCAGCUGUCCAAGCUCGAGGCCGUGACCUCUCAGUACGACCAGUUGGCGGCUGAGGCGGCGAGGCAAAACGAAAAGGCGCAGGAGGACAUCGAGAAGAUCGUCGCUGCGAUGACCACCGAGAAGGAGAAGGCUCUCAGCGAUCUCGAGCAUACGCUCACGCGUGAGAAGAGCGAAGAAUUGGGCUCUCUCGAGCGCGACUUCCGAGCUCGUCUCGAGCAAAAGAUGAACGCGUUCAAGUCUGAGAACAAGGAGGAGAUGCAGCAACGCAUCGUUCAACUCAACUCACUUUUGGCUGAGCAAAAGACGAACGCUGAGACGACGAUCGCUGCGUUCAAAUCUGAGGCCACCGCCAAGGAGCAGUCCAUCCGGGCUGAGUUUCAAGGCGCCCUCAAGGAUGCCGAGCACAAGGCUGAGCUCGCCGCCGCGCGUGCGUCGAGCGCUCUCGAGAGCUUGCAAACGACGCUCGAGCAAGUCAAACAGUCUGCUCACGAGGAGCUGGCUCGCGUCAAGCAAGAGGCAACUCGCGCUCUGGUCGAGCAAGAAAAGAAGUUGCGCGAGGCGCACGCGAUCGACAAGGCCAAGGCUCUCGAGGCUCAACAAGUCGAACUGCAGUCCAAACUUGGCAACGAGCGUGACUCCGCGCUCACUGGCUCUCGCGAGUCGCACCAGGCGGCUCUAUCCGAGCUCGAGGUUCGCGUGCGACAAGAGUGUGCUGAAAACUUCUCAGCCGAACUCAAGACGGAGCGAGAGCGUACGAUCGCGCGAUUCGAGCACGUCAAGGCUGAGCUUCUUGAGAAGAAGGAGGCGGAACUUCAAGCGCAACGCGUCGAGUUAACCAAACAAGCCACGGCGGAUCGUGAAGCCGCUAUCCAAGCUCUCAAAGAAGCGCACGAGGAAACGAUGGCAGAGCUGUCUCGAAACUUGAAGGCUGAGCUUGCUCAAGCGCAGACCAAGGGCGGUGGAUCAUCGCGCAGCGACGCGGAGAUCAAGGCGCAAAUGGAAGCCGAGAAGCAGGGCGCGCUCGUCACCGCGAGCGAGAAGCACGCCGAAGUGAUGACUCGGAAGAUCCAAGAGCUCACGGAAAAACUCACAUCCGAGAAGCACAACGCUAUUACCGCGUUGGAGCGCGAAAAGUUCGAGUUGGUCAGAAAGUAUGAGGCUGAAAAGGCUGCCAUGCUUGCCGAGCUGAAGGGUUCUCUGCAAAACAACGCCUCGCAGCAAUUCGAAGCCAUUAAGUCUCAAGCGCUCGAAGAGCAGCGCCAAAAGCUGACGGCUGAGAGGCAAGUUGCUUUGGAGAAUCUCAGAACCGAGCUGACCGCUCUCAAGGAUGUUGCUGUUGCUCAAGCCAAGGCGGAGGCUGCCGCGGCGGGCAGCAUUGAUUCAAGCAAAUCUUUCAAGUCUGCCAUCGAGAAGCUUCGAGAUACGCUCGAGAGCGAAAAGCAAGAAGCACUCGCUCUGCAAGCUGCUAAGCUAUGCAACGCGGCCGAGGCCGAGAAAGAACACGCGAUGACGGAGCUCAGAUCUCAGCUUCAAGCAGCAGCUUCGCGCGAGAAACAAGCGCUCAUCGCGGAGCUCCAAACCUUCGGUGGGUCCACUCGAACGAAGGAGAUAACAGAACUCGAGCAGAAAGCGCAACGUGUUCUGAUGGAGUCGAAUGAGCGCGAGUCCAGGUUGCACGCCGAAAUCACGAGGUUGAAGAUGGAAAAGGAGGAUGCGCGACGCCAAGUUGCCAUGGCCACGGCAGUGCCUGUCGCGAUGGUCAAGGAAGAUAGCGCCGCUGUGGAUCGUAUGAAGGUCACGAUCGCGAGUCUAGAGUCCAAGAUACGUAGUCUUGAGAGAGAUGGAGGCAAGCAAGGUGAGGUUGCGAAGAUGCAGGCUGAGAUGGAUCAACUGCGCAAGGAAGCUACGGAGGCGAACCGACGCGCUCAGCAAGUCAAGGACGAGCACCACUCGUCCUACGAUCGCGUCAAGCAGCUUGAGAUGCAGCUCGUGCAAGCGGAUGAUAUGCGACGCGAAAUGCACAACAUGAUCCAAGAGUUGCGGGGUAACGUUCGUGUAAUCGCUCGCGUGCGUCCGCAAGAUCCGGGAACGGAAAAUGUCGUUGACGUCCCCACCGUGGACAAGCAAACGAUUGCCGUGUCCAUCCCUGAGCUUGACACGAGAUUGUUCAACUUCGAUCGUGUGUUUGACGCGCGAGCAAGUCAAGAAGAAGUGUUCUCCGAAGUCUCAGAGCUCGUUCAAUCCGCGCUCGACGGCUAUAAGGUGUGCCUGUUCUCGUACGGUCAAACGGGCGCUGGGAAGACGUACACGAUGCUCGGCCAAGGUGAAGGUGAGCGUCGAGGUAUCGUGCCACGAGCCGUGGCCAAGGUGCUCGAACAAGCUGAAGCGCUUCGAUCGAAGGGAUACGAGUAUACGAUGGAGGCGAGCUAUGUUGAGAUUUACAACGAGCAGAUUCGCGACCUGUUGUGUCCGGGCUCGACACACAGCGAGCGUCACAGCAUUGUCAAUGCUCCAGAGGGUGGAUGCCCCACCGUGACUGGUGUCGUACGCGAAGAGGUGACGUCUGUAUAUGACGCGACGAGCCUGGUCCGUCGUGCGAUGAAGGCGCGCGAAGUGGCAGAGACGGAGAUGAACGCAAACUCCUCUCGCUCGCACACGCUGUUCUUGUUAUACAUCACUGGUGUGCACCAUGCGACGGGUCAGACCCUAACUGGUUGCCUCAACUUGGUUGACUUAGCUGGCUCUGAGAGAACGAAAAGGAGCGGCGCGCGAGGACAACGAAUGACGGAGGCUUGCGCCAUCAAUAGGAGUUUGUCGUGCUUGGGAGAUGUGUUUGCCGCCGUGGGACGGGGCGACAAGCACAUUCCAUAUCGCAACAGCAAACUGACGUACUUGCUCGCGCCCUGCUUAGGGGGCGAAGGCAAGACGUUGAUGGUAGUCAACAUAGCCCCAGAUUUGGAUAGCGCGGAGGAGUCCAUGUGCUCUCUCAGAUUUGCGUCCACUGUGAACCAAGUGGAGUUAGGUAACGGGAAGAAGGCGAAGCGCAACGUCUCUCAAAAUUUCGCGCACCUGAUCAAUGGCGGCGCGGAGGCUCCUGCGGCAAACGAUCCGGUGAGCUCUAGAACUAGACGUGUUUCUGCGGGAGUACUCGCUAGUAGGGACAACGCAAUGUACGACCGCCGCUCGUCCGCGGGUGCCAAGCGGGUGAAUCCGUUUGGCCAAAAUGAGCGCGCGCCCAAGACCCGGCGUAAGGCUUGGGAGUAG